AUGGUGCUGCAAAGCUGUGCCCAUGCUCCUGGAUUUUUGAAUAACAUGACUUCCAGCGAAGUUGAAGAGCUCGACCACCUGUAUAGCGUAGAGCACGGCCUCAAAUCGGACGUAGAUGCCCGCAGCCCUUUAAUAUGGGUGUUCGACUUUGCAUUUUCAGAGCCGGAGGCGCACCGACAAUCAAAGUUCAAGUUUAUCCAUGAUGUCCAAGUCUGGUUUGACAUGCGCCCGCCCAAUAUUGGGUUUACACACGCAGCUAGACAUGGCACUACAACGGAUGGACCUGCCCGUACGGAGACCACCAAAACGCCCAUGUGGGCAGGGUCGCAGUGUGUGGAAUAUGCAUAG